CCAUUGCCAGAAUUAAAGCUUUUCAGACUCGGAAUUUUCAACAUCGUGGACUUGGGUGCGUGGAAUAUGUAUUGAACUUUAACCGAUCGAUGGAGUCCAUCGUUCCUGGAACCCAUAACAAUUUCCGGAACGAUCUUCCCGACUAACGUACAACAGAGAGGAACAAGGAAGAUGGAUUGUUGUUCAAGAUUAGUUUUCAUUUUCUGCUUCAUUCUCUUAUGCCCUGUUACUCUCACAUUUGCCCAGCAAGACCCUCAUGUCUGCUCUGGUGGUAACUACACCAGUAACAGUAGCUACAGGGCAAACCUCAACAGCCUCCUGGCUUCCAUCUCUUCCAACACUGAAAUUGAUUACGGAUUUUACAAUUUCUCCGCCGGAGAAAACCCAGACAGAGUAAACGUGAUUGCACUUUGUAGAGGAGACAUCUCUACGGACGAUUGCCGUAGUUGUGUCAAUAAGUCAAGUCACGAUCUCUUACAGUAUUGUCCCAACCAGAAGGAGGCAAUCAUAUGGCCCGAUAAAUGUAUGCUACGAUAUUCAAACAAAUCUAUAUUUGGGGUUAUGGAGGCUUCACCUAUAUAUGCCUUUUUCAACACCGCGAACGUCUCAGACGUAGAAGGGUUCAACCAGGUGCUAAGACCCUUGUUGGAUGGACUAAGAGACCGCGCGGCAUCAGGAAAUUCUACUCGCAAGUUUGCUGCGGGAAGCGCGAUUGCCCCUGCCUUCCAAACAAUAUAUGCACUUGUGGAGUGCACUCCGGAUUUGGACUAUCUGGAAUGCAACAACUGCCUGGGAACGGCUGCGGGAUUUAUUCCACAAUGUUGUAAUGGAAAGCAGGGAGGGAAAUAUGUGACACCCAGCUGUGAUUUAAGGUACGAGGUAUACACUUUCUAUGACCCUGCAGCUGAGGCACCACCGCCAUCCCCACUGCCAUCGCCAUCGCCACCGCCACCGCCACCGCCAUCCCCCCCACCGGUACCACUGCUUUCACCUACGCAAGGGCCAGGGAGCAAGAGCAACACAUCCAGGACUCUCAUCAUUAUAAUUGUGCCAAUUGUUGCGUUUGUUGUACUAAUCAUCUCUAUCUGCAUAUAUUUCAUAGUUAGGAGGAGGCCAAGAGAGAAAAUAGAAACUGUUGAUGAAAUUAGUAGUGUGGAAUCCUUGCAAUUCGACUUUGGCACUAUUAGAGUUGCGACAGAUAACUUCUCUGAGGAAAACAAGCUUGGCCAAGGUGGAUUUGGUGCUGUUUACAAGGGUAGGCUCUCUGACGGACAAGUUAUAGCUGUAAAAAGACUGUCAAAGAAUUCUGGACAAGGCGAUUUAGAAUUUAAAAAUGAGGUUUUAUUAGUGGCUAAACUUCAACAUCGUAAUCUAGUUAGGCUCCUUGGCUUCUGCUUGGAAGGAAAUGAAAGACUAUUAAUAUAUGAGUUUGUGCCAAAUACUAGCCUUGAUCACUUCCUUUUCGAUCCAAGUAAGUGUUUACAUUUGGAUUGGGAAAGGCGCUACACGAUUAUAGGAGGCAUUGCUAAAGGAAUUCUUUACCUUCAUGAAGAUUCUCGACUUCGUAUUAUUCAUCGUGAUCUUAAGGCUAGCAACAUUCUUUUAGAUGAACAAAUGAAUCCGAAAAUCUCAGAUUUUGGCAUGGCAAGAUUGUUUUUACUGGAUCAAACUCAAGGGAAUACAAGUAAAAUUGUUGGAACUUACGGAUAUAUGGCUCCAGAGUAUGCAAUGCACGGUCAAUUCUCUGUAAAGUCUGAUGUCUUUAGUUUCGGUGUAUUAGUAUUGGAAAUGGUAAGUGGACAGAAGAACAAUUGCUUCCAAAAUGGAGAGAAUAUGGAGGAUCUUCUAAGCUAUGCAUGGAAAAAUUGGAGAGAGGGGACUACUUCAAAUAUUGUAGAUCCAAGAAUUAGGCUUGGCUUGACGACUGAAGUUAUGAGAUGCAUCCAUAUUGGGUUAUUAUGUGUUCAAGAAAAUGUAGCUUAUAGACCAACCAUGGCUUCAGUGGUUCUUAUGCUUAAUAGCUACUCCAUCACUCUUCCAAUACCAUCACAGCCUGCAUUUUUUAUGCAUAGUAACAUUGACUCAGAGACAGCAUUACGUUGGGAGCAAAGCAGACAGGUUACAGAGUCAGAUGAGAGAUCUAAAGGCAACUCCGUCCAAGCCUCAGUGAAUGAGGCUUCAAUUACUGAGCUCUACCCAAGCUAGUGCUUUACAAAAGCUACAAUUAAUACUAUUUAUUUUGUAUUGUUAAACUACUAUGGUCCAUGAUUCUAUACCAUAGUAGUAUAUUUAGUUCUUUUUUUUUUUUUUUGCUCGUUUUGGUGGUAGUAAUCUCAUAUAUUUUAGUUUUGUUAGAAUAUUAAUUAAAUAAAUUAAUUAAUCAUUUUUUAUCCGCUUAA